UCUCCAGCUCGAUCGAUCUCUUUGAUUCGUUUUUGCGUGGUUUCAAAACUCUCUCUUUUUUCAUCCCCUGAAAUGGAGAAAUUCGCUGUAUUGAUUAUUACACCUUGCUUGCGUUUGCAUACGGUGUUUUCCCAUGCAUGACUACAUGGUAAUUGAGUACUCGAUAUAUGCUGCAUGCAUGAGAGGUCCUUAUUCAGCAGCUGCGUCUGUCCGCUUCUGCUGUGGUAGCUACCAUGGUUUAGCAAACUUUUUCUGUUUUUCUUGGGGCUCAAUAGAUGUAUGUAGAGUAGAGACCAUGGAUGUUGCAUAGGAUAGUUAUUGUGAUCCCUCUCCUUGUCUCUCUCAUGGCAUGAGCAGUUAGUCAGAAACUUGUCUUUCGAUCUCAUAAUGGAAGGGAAACAAAAAGAAGAAGAACAGAUGAAGGCGGUAAAAUCAUCAGAAAUAGCAGCGGACAAAAAUUGCUGGAUCCUUACCCGGCGGCCAUGCUAGCACAACACAAGGUGCAGAUCUAAAUCUUGUAUUCUUGUUGGUCAACGGUGGGUGGGUGGGGUGGCUGGGUGGUGGCCGCGCGGUCGUGCUGAGCCAACAAUACAAAUCAACUGGAGCCGAAAGCGCCGAGCGGCCCAUUUUCUGUAUGCACGUCGGUCAGGUCAGCCCAAUAGGCCCAAUAUUCAGCGCAACUCCCUCCCCCCAAAAAGGUCGUGUAGCAUCUCCUAGGCCCAUGUUACGCUCCGCUUGUGGGAAAAGGCCAGGCCCACAUAACAUCUUCCUUGCAGUCCAAGGCACCCAAGGCCCCCCAGCGUCCAGCUCGAGGUCCGCACGGUCCGCACCACACUUCCACACACUCUCUCCCCCUCUCUCUCCCCCUACAAGAAGGCAAGAGGCUGCGUCCAAUGACAGCACGAGGCGAGACGCCAACCCUAGCCCGCCACCUCCGAUCCGAUCCAAUGGAGGCGCCGAAGCGUGGGAACCGCGACGAACCCGCCGCCGCCGCCGAGGGCCGAGGGGGAGGCCGCCUCGCCGCCCUGAGGCAGCUGGUCGAGCUCGACGACCGGCGCCUCCAGGCUUCGGUCUUCUUCCUCGCCUGGGGGUGCUGCGUGAUGCUCCAUGAUACCGUGCUGAACCGCGCGGCCAAUCCGGAGCACGUCCUGGCCGGGUACGGCCUGUUCACCAUCGGCGCCGCGCUCGCGUUCCUCACGCUCAGCGGCGCCGGCCGCGCUGCGGCUCGCGUGGAGGAAGCCCUCAGGGGGUACUUCUAGCUAGCUAGUUGCUAGAUCCGCAGCCAGUAAUCGGCGAUGCGAGUAAAUUGAAUUCCUCCUCGUAGCAUUUCUAGUUCUUUUGGCCCCUUGGCCUAGUCGAUCUGUACAUCUCUAGUGUGAGAAAAUCGAAUGUCCUGGUGUUGUGUAUGUAUAAUUGUAUAUUUGUAUACCCAGUGACCAGCUUGUAAUUUCUCCCUGGGCUUGUAAUUCCGAUUUUCCUCUGAAUAUGCCGUUCGGUGUCUGCAAAUUUCC